AUGCGUCUUCCAUAUGCCCCAGAAACGGCCCCUCAAGAUCAAGUGAAGGCUGCUGAAAUAUACGAGCGGAUUGCUGCCAGGCGUAAGCCCAGGCCUCUGAUUCCACUCGAUUUGACCCUAUUGCACUCCCCGCCAGUGGCAGAUGGAUAUAACAGCUUUCUCAACGCAAUCAGGAAUGAGACUGUUGUCGAUCAAGGUCUGAUGGAACUUGCAAUAUGUCGAAUAGGAGCCUUGAAUGGUGCGGUCUGGGAAUGGCGAGCACAUGCAAUCUUGGCCGUCAAGGCAGGAGUGAGCAAGGCCGCGUUAGAAGCCAUUCUCGACGUACAAUCAGGCUUUGGGGAAGCUAGAGUAUGGGAGAAUCUAUCUCUCAAGGAAGAAGCUGUGGUUAGGUACACGGAUGCCAUGACCAAAAAUGUCGAGGUCCCUCAAAUCAUUUUUGACAAGCUGAAUGAGAUUGGGCUUGACAAGAGAGAAGUCGUUGAAUUGACCGCCGGAAUUGCUGCUUAUAACUGCGUGAGCAGGUUUUUGGUUGCGUUGGAUGUGGGAGAGAUGAACGGCAAAGCAAUGGAGGUCCCUGAAAAUGCUAAGUAA